AUGGCUGCUCAGAAGAAGACCGCUGUCGUCAACGCCAUCCAGCACGUCGCGAGCCUCCACAAGGAGCUCGCCAAGGCGCACAAGCAGGCGACCGUCGCCGUCCUCGAGUACGCCGCCGAGCUCGAGGAGUCGGGCGCCGACAAGUCCGCCCUCGCCACCUUCCCGUCGCUCUUCCCGCUCGACGAGGGUGUCGUCCCCAAGAAGCGCGGCCGCAAGUCGGUCGCUGGCGAGGACGGUGACGAGGUCGACGGCAAGAAGCGCCGCGCCCCGAAGGAGAAGAAGGUCAAGGACCCGAACGCGCCCAAGCGCCCGGCGUCGGCCUACCUCGAGUACCAGAACUCGGUCCGCGACGACUUCCGCACCAAGUACCCGAACGACACGUACGCCGAGAUCCUCAAGCGUAUCGGCCAGACGUGGCAGAACUUGCCCGAGGACGAGAAGGCCCCGUGGCACGCCAUGACGGCCGGCAAGACGGCCAUGUACCUCGACGCCAAGUCCGAGUACGAGAAGACGGACCCGACCAAGGUGUCGCCCGCCGAGCAGGACGCCGUCGCCAUCGCGACCGAGCCCAAGGGCAAGCGCCCGCGCAAGUCCGAGGCCGCCGCCGACAUCCCCGUCGACGCGACGCCCAAGGACAAGAAGGCCAAGACCACCAAGAAGGCGAGCCCGCCCAAGGCUGCGACGCCGUCUGCCUCGUCGUCGGCCGCCGGCUCGUCGUCCGAGUCCGGGUCCGAGUCCGAGUCUGAGGCGACCCCGCCGCCCAAGAAGGCUCCCGCGUCGAAGAAGGUCGCCAAGGUCUCGAAGAAGUGAGCCGCCUGUCGAGCUCAUGGCGGGACCUUCAUCUUGGUCGAGCAGCGGCGAGGGUUGGGCGAGGAGGAGAUGGCGAGCGAGGAGGGUGGCCUCGCGCCUCUGUGCCUUCUUUUGUAGUCGACUCGCUUUCUUGAGAUACCCUUUUCAGUACCUUUC